GCUAACUUUAACUUCUCAAUACUUGCAAGUUCCGCUCAUCUCUUGCAUUACAUCUUUCUACACCUAGCUACUACAUACUUCCUCCAUUGUCGCCGAGCCUUGCCCACUAGUAGCAUUGCCCCUACGCAAACUACAUCAUUAUGGUCAAAUAAUUUCAAGCAUUAAUUUACGUUCUAGCUACCUUAAUUAUAAUUAACAUUUCUGAUUAAUUACCAGACGUCAAUGGGUAACGCCGAUUUCGAAUGCCCACAUCCUGUUGCAAUUCCUCCGACAAAACCAUUUCUGAAGUCGCUAACAUCAGGUCUCAAGGAGACCCUUUUCCCUGAUGAUCCAUUUAGGCAAUUCAAGAACCAGUCUGCAUCUAGGAAGUUCAUUUUAGGAUUGCAGUAUUUUGUGCCAAUCCUGGAAUGGGCUCCUCGUUACACCUUCGCCUUCUUCAGAGCUGAUGUUAUUGCUGGAAUUACUAUUGCCAGUCUCGCUGUUCCUCAAGGGAUAAGUUACGCAAAUCUUGCAAACUUGCCUCCAAUUGUUGGCCUAUAUUCAAGCUUUGUCCCACCAUUAGUAUAUGCCAUAUUGGGCAGCUCAAGAGAUUUGGCAGUAGGAACUGUUGCUGUGGCAUCACUUCUUAUAUCUUCCAUGUUAGGGAAGGAGGUUAACCCUAAUGAGGACCCUAAGCACUAUGUUCAGUUGGCCUUAACUGCUACUUUCUUUGCUGGAGUUUUCCAAUCUUCUCUUGGCUUUUUAAGACUAGGGUUUAUCGUGGACUUUUUGUCUCAUGCAACAAUUGUGGGCUUCAUGGGUGGAGCAGCCACGGUUGUUUGUCUUCAGCAAUUGAAAGGGAUUCUUGGGUUGAUUCAUUUCACUCAUAGGACUGAUCUUGUAUCAGUUAUGCGCUCAAUCUUUAGCCAAACACACCAGUGGAGAUGGGAAAGUGGAGCCUUGGGUUGUUGUUUUCUCUUCUUCCUAAUUCUAACUAGACACUAUAGCAAGAGAAAGCCAUGCUUCUUCUGGAUAAAUGCUAUGGCACCUCUGACAUCUGUUGUUCUAGGAAGUGUCCUUGUCUAUCUGACCCACGCUGAGAAACAUGGCGUUCAAGUGAUUGGGCACCUCAAGAAAGGGUUGAACCCACCAUCUAUAUCUGAAUUGGCUUUUGGGUCCCCACAUCUGAUGACUGCUAUUAGAACUGGAAUAAUAAUUGGUGUCAUAGCUCUUGCUGAAGGAGUGGCUGUUGGGAGGAGUUUUGCCAUGUUCAAGAACUAUCACAUUGAUGGAAACAAAGAGAUGAUCGCUUUUGGGAUGAUGAAUAUUGCAGGUUCAUGCACUUCCUGUUACCUAACCUCAGGACCAUUCUCGCGAACUGCAGUGAACUUUAAUGCAGGAUGCAAGACUGCAGUGUCUAACAUAGUAAUGGCAACAGCAGUAAUGAUAACAUUGUUAUUUCUAACCCCAUUGUUCCAUUACACUCCCCUGGUGGUGCUUUCCUCUAUUAUCAUUGCUGCUAUGCUCGGCCUAAUUGACUAUGAAGCUGCUAUUCACCUCUGGAAAGUCGACAAGUUUGACUUUGUUGUUUGCAUCAGUGCCUACAUUGGUGUUGUCAUUGGAAGUGUCGAAAUUGGCCUAGUCAUUGCUGUCAUAAUUUCCUUGCUGAGGAUGCUCCUAUUUGUAGCAAGGCCAAGGACCUUUCUCCUUGGCAACAUUCCCAAUUCCAUGAUUUAUAGAAGCGUGGAUCAAUAUCCGACAGCUAACAAUGUUCCUGGAGUUCUCAUUCUUCAGAUUGAUGCACCCAUCUACUUUGCCAAUGCAAACUACUUAAGGGAAAGGAUUUCAAGAUGGAUUUAUGAGGAGCAAGACAGGCUAAUAUCCACAGGAGAACCCACUUUACAAUAUGUGAUACUAGAUAUGAGUGCUAUUGGCAGCAUAGAUACAAGUGGGAUCAGCAUGCUCGAAGAAGUUAAUAAGAACACUGACAGAAGAGGUCUUAAGCUGGUACUGGCAAACCCACGAAGUGAAGUGAUUAAGAAGAUGGAAAAAACAAAGUUCAUCGGAAAAAUUGGUCAGGAAUGUAUCUAUCUUACCGUGGGUGAGGCUGUAGCAGCAUGCAACUUCAUGCUACAUACCUGCAAAUCGAAUAGAGUUACAGUUCAAGAAUUUGAUGCACAAGAUAAUGUGUGAUAUGUAAAAUGGAAGAAAAGAGUGGCAAGUUUAAUUUGAUGCUUAACAGGGUCCAACCACAGUUCAGCGGUGGUGAUCCUCCCCCUACCCCACAACAAAAAGUGAAGCAGCAUUUCAUACAUCAAAUAUAAUAUUGAGUUGAGUGCUUCAUUUCUUAAAUCUAAAAGCAUACAUUGUU